AUGGCAGCUGGGCGCAACGAAAUGCAGCCAUUCCUGGAGAGCAAAAUCGAUGCACAAACCAGGCCACCUCACCACCGAUCACUUUUUUCAAUGUGGAUGACGGCGCUGUCCAUCUUUGCAUUGUUCGGCAUUUCGGUCCAGUUGAUGAUCUCAGGCCCGCCAUGGUCGCAGUCACAUCAUGAUUCCCACUCGUCGCCGUCCGGCAACGACGAUUCUAACAGGCUAGUAAUAACACGCGAUUCCGACUCCUUCCGGAUCGCCAUUUUUGCGGAUUUGCACUUUGGAGAGAGGCACAGAGGUGAAGAGAAGGAUCGCAAUACGACUCGCCUCAUGGAAUACAUCAUUCGUCAGGAAUCGCCCAACCUGGCUGUCCUCAACGGUGAUUUGAUAGCUGGCGAAGAAGUGAAUAAGGAAACAGCAGCCAGCCACCUGUACCGGGCGGUUCGCCCAAUGGUGAAUUCAAACCUUCCAUGGGCGUCAACGUAUGGCAACCAUGACAGCCAGUUCAAUAUGUCCAGGGACGAAAUAUACACCGCCGAAAGGGAGGGUUACCCGGCGCUCUCCAUGACCAGGCGGAUGGGCCCCGAUGGAGCAGGGGUGAGCAAUUAUUACGUCCUGGUCGAGAAGACCGGCACUGGCCCGGUAAUGAUCCUCUGGUUUUUUGACAGCCGAGGCGGUGCAGAGUACCAGCAUAGAAACGAUAAAAAUCCCGAAGCCAACAUUGAUAACUGGGUACUAGCCGCCACGGCGGACUGGUUCCGGGAGACGAGCAAAGACUUGCGCGCCAGGUUCGGUCAAUUGCCCAGCCUUGCGUUUGUUCACAUACCACCACAUGUGUUCCGUAGUGUUGCAGAGGGCGGUCUGGACGCGGCGCUGCUCCCCGGGUUGAAUGCAGACGAGCGACCACUGCAUAUCCAGGGGGAGGGACACAACGACGAUGAAUUUGUCAGUGCACUGAUGGGCGAGAAGGGCUUGCACAGCGUGCACAGCAGUCACGAUCAUGGAAGCUCAUGGUGCGCACCCUGGCCCGAUAAGGAACGCGGAAACCUCCGGCGCCACGAGGGCGAGGAAGACGAACACGACGAUGACGGGGUUUCAAGAGAACAACCGAUUCUUUGUUUUUCAAAACGAACCGGUUACGGGGGUUACGGCAACUGGAACAGAGGAGUGCGAAUCUUGGAAAUGCGGCUGCCUCAGCUUGCAACUGCCGGCAACGAGACGCAGACGGAGUUAGAUCUGGGACUGCAGGUUGACACCUGGGUUAGGAUGGAAAACGGUAACAUCGUCACGCAUGUCAGCCUGAACGAGACAUACGGCAAGGACCACUAUCCGACCGCGAACGGAGAGUGA